AUGAAAGCUUCAUAUUUGGAUUUGUAUGGCCGGAAGGGCUUCCAACAUGACAUAAGGAUGAAGUGGUUCAUGGCCAUGUUAAACAGGAAUAAAACCAAGGAUCCCCCACCCACCAAACUGCUGGAAUUUGCAGAACAGCUUUGCCAAGACCUCCAAAACUCAUCUCCUAGUCUGGAGAAGCUGGUUGGGGCCAUGAUGGGAUGCAAACACAAGAUGUAUUUUCUCACUAACAUCCACGUUGUUCGAGCUUGUGUGUUUGUUCAUACCCAUAAUGGGCAGUAUGACACAGCCUGCAGACUCCUGGAGUGUUGUGAGGCAAAAGAGAAGGAGGAGCUGGUGCAACUUUGGCAUGAGAUUCACUACCAGAGGUUUAUGGAGGAACACCACACAGAUUUUCUGACACCUCUGCAGAAAUUCCGUUGCAGGAAGAGGAAUCCACCACCUAAUUCCCUUUGCCCUGAAGGUUUGAAGAGUCGGAACUAUUCGGAUGAAGUCCGACAGCAACUGCACAGGUUUGCUGCAGAGGUGACAGCAAAUCCCAAUAAGGAGCAGAGGGAGGGAUUGGCCAGGAACUUGAACCUGCAGCCAACUCAGGUCUAUAACUGGUUUGCAAAUUAUCGGCGACGUCACAAAUCCUGCCUUGCUCAUACGAAGAAGCUCAGCAACUCCUGUCCUGAGAGGGAUUUGACUUACCACACACAGGUGCAGCAGGAGAAGGGAUCCUACACUCCACAAACUGCAGAUGGAUUUUGUGUAGGCAUCAGCUCUGAGCAGAUGGAGAUAACCCACCUGCCCUGUGACCCAGGAUGGGAGCAGUCAGCUGCAGAUCUGGAUAAGACUCCUGAAGGAACUUAUUUAAAGAUGUUGGAAUCCAGCUUUAUGCAGAGCAGUGAGCUGUAUGAAGUGAGGACAAGCAAGGCUUUGUUCACCCCUCACAACACCAACCAACCUGUAGCUUUUUGCACUGAGGCUAUGCUGGAACCAAGAACCUGCUUUAACCCUGCUGUCCUGCAGCCCUGGGCAGGAACAAGCAGCUCUGAUGCCAGCCCCCAGCUGGAUAACUUUGUCCUGUGCUCUUGUGGGUCCUUUACCAUCCCAGAUGAACAGCUGGCCAUGUGGCAUGCCCCUUCUAUCCUCAGGGGACCGUCUGGUUCCAUGUGGACUCCAAGUGUAGAAGCAGGUCUCAGAGCUCCCUUGGUGAGAGUCCCUCAAGGUGGCUGUAUUGGGGCCAGUUCAGGAAGAAUCAUUCAGCAGUCAGAUUUAGAUGUUGAAAGCUUCAUCUUUAGUGAAGGACAGCUAGGGACCCUGGGAUCUGAUCCUCCCCACAGUUCCUGUCAGACAGUGUUUGGCAAGCCUCAGUGCCCACCCGUUUCUGCACCCUGCAUGGAAGAAAGCCAAACCCUGGGACAAAGCCAGGUCCUGGAGGAUCCAGUUGGUGACCCACUAACCAGUGACACAUUCUGGGCAGCAUGGCUCCUCGUUGAGUUCUCAUCAGGGGGACGAAUGUGA